AUACUUUGCAGUAUAAGGCACAUGUGUUAUAUAGUAAAAGGAAUAUUCUUCGUCGGCGUCUUAUCGAUUAGGAAUUGUGUAGGAGUAUUUUCAAGAUCAAUGAUAUAAUUGAAAGUGUACAUGAAUAUAUAUUAAAAUAAAAUAUUACGUUUGUUUUUCAUCGAAUCAAAACUUUGAUGUAACCAAUAUAUUCUUUCCUGAUCAAAUCAUGGACAAGAAUUGGAUGCCUAAAGUCGAUUUGAAGAAAGAUAGUGCUAAAAUAAAAAAUCUUCAUAUUACCUUAAUGAACGAGAUAGAAAAACAAAACUCUGAAAGAGUGAAAGAUUUGAUUAAAAUACGACGAUCAAAUAGAAUACUCGGUUGUAUUUUAGGAGGUACAGUUUUUUCAAUCUAUUUUUAUACGAUAUAUUCGGUAAAGCAAGAAAAGUUCUUAGAUGAUUUGAAUGAACCUGAGAAAGUAAUCAUACCACCUCAAACCAAUGCAUAAAUUAUUUCUAAA